ACAAUUUUUCUUUAAUCACAGUCUUUUCAAUAGACUGUUAUUAGCAGCGCUAUUUAGCAGUUUGUUGAUUUUUUUGGUCUCAAACCAGUGAGUUUAGCAUUCUUCAUCAAGAAUAUAGGCAAAAUGUAAUUAUUGAAAAUGAAAAGGUGGGACUGUUGUUCCCUUAUUAUAUAAAUGGUACAUUUACUAUCAAUAUAGCAUUAAAAUCGUUUUCCAGCAAUUUGGGUCCGGAGGCAAAAACCAGUUGAGAACCACUGAUCUAGUAAGUAGUCUAUUGUUUCAUAGUCAAAGCCUUUGCAUAGUUUACCCCCUCCCCAAACGCACAGAGGUCCAGGUUUACAUGUGACGUCACUCUGCGCGUGGGACAUUGCUCUUCUCUUCCCACCUCUCAAUCGAGGAAUAGAAGUUAGCAGUCAACCAGGAACGGGACCGGGCAGUCUUCCACUCAAUUUCUUAAUCUAUCGGCCUGCACUAUCCCUCCUGUAUGGUGGAUAUUAUAUUAAAUUCUUCUUUCUUGGGUGAUAUGGGGGAUCAUUCCAAAAAGAAGUCUGGAAUCGCAAUGUGUGUGGGCUGUGGGAGUCAGAUCCACGACCAGUACAUCCUGCGGGUCGCCCCGGACCUGGAGUGGCAUGCUGCGUGUCUGAAGUGCUCGGAAUGCAGUCAGUACCUGGAUGAGACGUGCACUUGCUUCGUCCGAGAUGGCAAAACAUACUGCAAAAGAGAUUAUGUAAGAUUAUUUGGGAUUAAAUGUGCAAAAUGUAACAUUGGCUUCUGCAGCAGUGAUCUGGUGAUGAGAGCUCGUGACAACGUUUACCACAUGGAGUGUUUUAGGUGCUCGAUGUGCAGCCGGCAUCUCGUGCCGGGGGAUGAGUUCUCUCUGCGGGACGAGGAGCUGUUGUGUCGGGCUGAUCACGGUUUACUUCUGGAACGGGCCUCAGCGGGAAGCCCCAUUAGUCCGGGAAAUAUUCUCUCCAGGUCUUUUCAUAUUACUGAUCCUGUGUCAGUUCGACAGCCUCCUCAUCGGAACCACGUCCACAAGCAGUCAGAGAAAACCACUCGGGUGCGAACAGUAUUGAACGAGAAGCAGCUCCAUACCCUUCGGACCUGUUACAAUGCCAACCCAAGACCAGACGCUCUUAUGAAAGAACAAUUGGUAGAGAUGACCGGUCUUAGCCCAAGGGUCAUCAGAGUUUGGUUUCAGAACAAACGUUGUAAAGACAAGAAGAGAACUAUAUUCAUGAAGCAACUUCAACAACAGCAUCACAUCGAUAAAACUAAUCUUCAGGGGCUGACGGGUACACCUAUGGUGGCAGGCAGUCCAAUUCGACACGACAACACGGUCCAAGGGAACCCAGUAGAGGUGCAGACUUACCAGCCCCCCUGGAAGGCCCUGAGCGAGUUCGCCUUGAGCAGUGACCUGGACCAGCCCGCCUUCCGGCAGUUGGUGUCUUUUUCUGAAUCGGGCUCCAUGGGUAACUCCUCCGGCAGUGAUGUGACCUCCUUGUCGUCGCAGUUGCCGGACACCCGACAGCAGCUGGUACCAAGUCCGAUGGACACGUGA